GCUGCUGCUGUUUCUGCGAGACCCUUGUUUGUAUUUGCCUCGUCAAUUUUACAACCAGCAGUACUUGUGACAGUUUUUUCGCCGAGAUUCUGCGCGUGCUCGCCACGGAUCUGGCGCCGUCUUGCACACUGCAGAAAGCGCUUUCAUAUGCCACUCUAGGUUUAUUUUAUUUUAUUUUAUUUUUUCUCUCGAUCUCUCGGAGUCGAAUUGCGUCUCAUUCGGUGCCGGAUAUGGUCAUGUUCGUGGGUUUCGAAAUUAGAGCGUGAGCUGAGUUGCGGUUGUUUGGAGUAGAGGAAUUCUUCACCGCAGCCUGCGACUGUUGCUUUAUAUUUUUUGGUUCCUCUUUCGUUUGAGUUGGUUGGAGCUGGGAUCUGGGAGCUAGGAAAGAGGUUUUGGUGCUCACGGGAGAGGUUCGGUGACGAGCGGGGGUUUUGACGGUGCUCGGAGCAAUUGAAUGAUGCAGGCUGCAAGGGGCGGGCGCUACCUGGUCCGACAUCUAAAGGUUCGCCAAGUUUCCCCCCUUUUGAAGUAUGCUCCGUGGAAUACAUCGUUAUGCCAAGACGCAUUCGUGGAAUCCCCUUCAGUGUCGGCAUGGCAACCGACCUCCUCCUCCAGACAGUUUGGUGCUGUUCUAGGGUUGGAGCACCUGAACAGUAACAGUCAGAGAGGAUUUAUGUCGGCGCAGGAAAAGGUGGACCCAUUCUCGUUGGUUGCGGAUGAGUUGCAGGUUGUUGCCAAUCGGCUACGAUCAAUGGUGACUGCAGAGGUCCCAGUACUGGCAAUGGCAGCUGAAUAUUUCUUCAAGUUGGGGGUCGAAGGCAAACGGUUUCGGCCCAUGGUUCUACUUCUUAUGUCGACGUCUUUAAUGACGUCACCUUCGCAUGGACUGCAAGACUUGAUCUUCGAUGACCUACGAUUACGACAACAACGAAUUGCCGAGAUUACAGAGAUGAUUCACGUGGCAAGUUUGCUGCAUGAUGAUGUGUUGGACCAUGCAGAUACCCGGAGGGGCAUAAGUUCUCUGAAUCAUGUGAUGGGUAACAAGUUGGCAGUUUUAGCAGGUGACUUUUUACUGGCCCGGGCAUCAGUAGCAUUAGCAUCAUUGAGAAAUACAGAGGUCGUGGAGCUUCUAUCCCAGGUUUUGGAGCACUUAGUGACAGGCGAGAUAAUGCAGUUGUCUGUUGAAGACAAGGACAUGUCAAACAUGGAUUACUAUAUGCAAAAGACUUUUUACAAGACUGCCUCUCUUAUGGCAAAUAGCUGUAAAGCUAUUGCUGUACUAGCCGGCCAACCUGAAGACGUCGCCCUUCUUGCUUUCAACUAUGGGCGUCACUUGGGUUUGGCAUAUCAACUAGUGGAUGAUGCUCUCGACUACACAGGCACUACGAAAACUUUGGGGAAGCCUGCAUUGUCUGAUCUUGGGCAGGGCAUUGUGACAGCGCCUGUAUUAUUUGCGCUCAAGGAAUUUCCAGAGAUGUCCAAAUUGAUCCAGCGCAAGUUCAAAACAGUCACAGAUAUAAACCAGGCUGUUGAAAUGGUGAAGGAAAGCCGCGGCAUAGCCCAGACCCACGCGCUAGCUGCAGAGCAUGCGCGAAAGGCUGUAGAUGCAAUUGCCAACCUUCCCCCAAAUCCUUCAUUACACGUGCAACAAUGUCGUCGUGCAUUGAUAGAUAUAGCUCAUCAAGUAAUUACCCGCUCGAAGUAAACCUUAACUUCUGUAUUUCUAGUGUCAUUUGGUAAGGAACAUUCGUUUGCUCCGGUAGAAGCUGGUAGAGCAGUCGAGGUAUUAGAGCAUUUAUUCCUGGGAAUUGGUUUCUUGCUUCCGAGCUUCAGUUUCUGGAAGCAAUUGAACCCCAUGGUCCUCGUUAUGAAACACUCACUCUGUUGUGACACUCGACGUCAUAAAUUCAGUGUGACUAAGCACCUGGAACGAGACAGCAACGGUUCACCUAGACUAAAUCUAGGUCAUAUUUUACACUGAAGGCUCACAAUGUUUGUAGCCCCCAGUGUAGCACAUUCCGCAGAUAAUUAUUCCCCACGGUUUAUUAUCAACUCAAUACAGUGACUGUUGCUUGUUGCAACUCGAAACAUGCGUCGUUGGACCAUGAAUAUGUUGUGUAUUACAAUCAACAUCAAUGUCAUCGCCACUAGAGAAUUGAAAUGCUCGACUUAAGCA